AUCCCGACGGACUCUGACAGGCUCAAUCGGUUCAUUCGAGACUGUUCCCCUCAAUUAGCUCUUCGUUUUAUUCCUUCAAAAUGAAUACAUUUCCCAGCUUGCACCGCGGGCAGUCCAUAACCCGCCAGGAGAAUGCGCAUGAGGGAAGCGUCCCGUUACCUGGCAACAGAGAGACGAAGGCGGGGACGCAGAAAUCUGCGAGUGAGAAGCUGCGCAAUGAUGAAGAGCCCAGGCGAGCGAAUCGUAGAUGAAACGUGUUGCUUCCUGGCUCUGUGCCAGCACCCGUCCUGCUGGGAGGCAAUGAGGCGCAUUGAAAGAGGGGCACCACGGUACAAGACACCAAAAGCGGCCCACCAGGAGCUGAAAGAAGCUAAAGGAGAUCCUUUGCCCACUCUGAAAAUCUUGAACAUUGGGAAUGACGAGCUUGGCUGCUCCACCAGAGCGAUGACUUCAUGGACUGCUGAGUCGCCACCAGCUCAACCCAAAGAUCACACGACCAGCGACAGAAGUGAAAGUGUGUGGUUUCCUGGGUUCAACACGCCACAUAUCCUGUCCCACAGAAAAUGGAACCUUGGCCAGACUAACGUUAAGGCUCAACCCAGCGUGAAUGUGCAACGAUACCCGCCCUCCGAGGACGUCAGCCCCUCCAGCUCUGUCCUGAUAUGGGUCCCGGGUCCCCACGCCAGCUCCGUCCACACUUCACAACCUGGGAAAGUGUGCACUAAGGAGCUGAUCUUUGCCCUCCCUCCUCUGCCAGCGGAUGUGCCACGCCGAAUGAAGAGAAUGCCCACAGCUGAAAGGAGAACUAUUGGCACCUUCAAGCUAAAUGAACCAAUGGCAGAUGCCAACCUACUCAUUCAGUCAAUCCGAAUCAGCGUAAAAAAGCCUGCAGAUGAUGGAGAGCCAAGCUCAGAGGAUAACGGUGCCCAGCUAAAAGACCAAAAGCUGGCACACUUCAAGGACAUGAGAGUGUGGUCUCCACAGGAAGACGGGCAUUGCCAGGCCCCAUCGCCAGCUCUCUCCUUGCCCUCAAACAGAGCCCUCCAGAGGAGGCACCCUAAGCAGAAUGAAUUUUGGUCAUCGUGGCUCCAUGCGGAUCGGCCGCUCCUACAGAGCAGGGGGGUGGUGUUCCAAGACGCAGGGGCACGGCGGGCAGAGGCGGGCCGCAGCAGAAAGCCUGUGGGCUCCCCAUACAGACUGGAUAGCCAGGCUAGUGGCCCGGCGGGCAGCAUUUAUCCCGAGUGGCAGAGCGCAAGUGGCACCCCACAGCUGUGGGUAAAGUAUCUAAUGACCGUGACCCAAAAGAAAACCAGGUGUGCACCCCAGUCCAGCGGCCUUACUGGGAGAACAGGUAAGGGUUCCAUAUCUGAAAAGACAGGUAGAUAUCUAGGAUGGGUGGUCUCCCGGCACACAGGACCACUGCCCACGGGUACUUUGUCUCAUACAGGUGAGAAGGUGACACGGCGGGUUGUGCCGGUGGCCUCAGGAAUUGGGCCAUGGAGCACGAUGUCCCCAGCAGACCACGGCCUGCAGCACUUGAGAGGAUGGACGGCCUGCUUCCCCAGCCUGCGGGAGCCACCAUGGGCACCGCCUGAGGGCACACAGAGCAGCCCGGGAGCCGCGGUGAGCCGGGCAGAGGAGCUGAGGCAGCCAGUCACCGGUCAGCGGAGUCCAGGCGGUGGGGCAGAUGAGCGCAAGCCGGAGCCCAUCCCGGUAGAGGAGCAGCCCCGGGUCACUGAGAUGAGUGUCGGGGGCACAACGCCCGCCGUGGCCACUCCCUGGACUGAGAGCAUGUCUGUCCCUUUGCCACCACCGCCUUCGCCGCAGUCGGAGCAGCUGCCCAGCCGCUUGUGAAGAGAAGUGGACAGCGAAAGCGAACGCCAACCCACCCUGCAAUGCCAGGAGAGUGUAGGAAGAGUCUGGAAAGAUUAAUAAAGGUGCUAUAUAUAAAA